GGCGCUGUGGAAUAUGGUUUAAUUAGCGGAGUCCGGUGUCGCUCGGUGUGGCUUUGCACUGUCCUGCUCCCAGUAUUUGCUCCCAGAAGCACGACAAGGGGACACCGCACGUUUUAGUUUUUAGAAGCACUGGAGACGAUAAUCGAUUUCCAGUUGUUGUAAAGGUCUUAAGGUUCGUUGUUUUGUUGUGCUGUCAGGGAUGUGACCAUGACCGCUUGUCAUCAUGGCGGGGGAUCGAUACGGGCGAGCUGCCAGGACAGUCCCACUCGCUGCCCGCUGUUCCAGCUCGGAUUAUCUUUAUACAUAAACUACUGAACGGAGGAGAAACGUUUCGGCUUUUCCACUGGAGAAUCAGCUUUUUGUUUAAGGGCAGCUGACUGGAAGCUGGAUUCUCCAGACUGGUCUGGUCGAAUGAGGCUCACGGCCAAAGGCAAAGUGGCGUACAUCAAACUGGAGGACAAGGUCUCAGGGGAGCUGUUUGCACAGGCGCCGGUGAAAGAAUAUCCUGGUGUUGCAGUGGAAACUGUCAGCGACUCCAGUCGGUAUUUUGUUCUGCGGAUACAGGAUGAAACUGGUCGCAGUGCUUUCAUAGGAGUUGGCUUCGGGGACCGAGGGGACGCUUUUGACUUCAACGUGGCUUUGCAGGACCAUUUCAAAUGGGUGAAACAGGAGGAUGAAAUCAGUAAAAGUGCCCAGCUCGGGGAUUCAGGACCAAAACUGGACCUGGGCUUUAAAGAGGGACAGACCAUCACACUCAACAUUGGGCAAGGUAAAAAGAGAGAUAAGCCCCGCCCACAAGGUUCAGGUGUGAUCGGACGCCUCCCACCACCCCCUGGAGGGAAGAUAGCCCCGCCCCCUUCAUCAGGUUCAUCCAAUCACAACAUAGUUCCCCAGACAGGCGGCACAGCGACAGGCUGCCUGUUGGAGCUGGACAGUAGUAACUCUAACACUGUGGUUCAGUCAAACCCUAGUUCAGAUCUUUGGGGAGACUUCUCUGCUCAUACAAGCUCCGUCUCACCAUCAUCACAACCACAGAACACGGCAAACUGGACCCAGUUUUGAGUCAUCGGCUGUUUCGUGGGUUGUGAUUUCUAUCUCUCCUGCAUCUGUGCCCAUAGCUUCCUGUGCAUCCCACACACUGAUCCCAAAGCAGAGCUGUGAAACACCCCAGAGCUGUAGAAACUACUCCUGACAUCUUUACAUUCAGAAAGAAUCAAAUUCAGAAUUUCCUGGUUGGAAAUGAAGCAUUAACGCAUCAAAGCCAUUAUGUGAUUAGGAGCCAUUUUCAGUAAUAUUUAAGGGCUAUGUGUGAUGUCCUGAGUACCAGCUGUUCCUCGUUUGCGUCUGCGUCGCCUCCCCAGUAGAUGGCUCUCUAAACAGACCUUUAUCUCUGACUGGGAGUGUAUCUGUCGCUGCAGCAGCCCCCCUGCAGCCCUGCAGAGUUCAUCUCGGAGCAGGCACCAGAACUGCAAAGAAGGCCACUGAGGCAGUUUCUUUAAUGCUCUACAAUUGGCGCUUAGGUUUUAUUUUUCUAAACCAGCCUUAUUGUUUCUAUUAAAGUUGAAUUUUUGCUAAAUAAUUACACCAGUGGUCUGUCUAGUCCUUAGAACAGUAAUGCACGUAAUGCCCCUUUACCCUUUAAAAUGAGACGCUUGUUUCAGUCCUGACACUGUGGAGUAGCACAGCUUUGUCUGAGGUCUUUAAAAGUCUAUUUAAAACAGCCGCAGGUCUGAGGUGGGGUUUGAUUACAUAAUGAUAAAGUAUUUGGAUUUAAACUUAGCUUUUCUUUCUUUGAUAUGAAAACACAAAUGCAACCCAGUACUUCAGUAAUCUUUAUCAUGCUUAUGUGGUACAGUACAUUACCACAGGAGCCAGGAGUGAUCUAGUGUGUCUAUGAAGCUCAUGUGUUCAGAGAAGGGAUGCAUUAACAGUCCUCUCUAAAUUUAUGCUUGUGAUGUAAAAUCAUUUGUUUACUGCUGGGUGCGUAUUAUCAGCAGGUUUAUUAUGUGGAAACACUGAAUUCAGUAGCCAAAUUCAGACAUGCAGUCUUCAUGUCAUUUACUUCCACUUCAUUUUCCUGCAUUGUCAAAACUGAAUAAGCUAAAAGUUAAAUAUAACAUAUCUUUCUGCUGCACUUGUUGAUCGAUGUUUCUGCUGACACUAAAUUAAAGCUAUGUCAAUACUUCAAACUGAUGUGAGGAUGAUGAGCUUCACUUUCUGCAUUAGUUAUUAAUUUCAUCCAAAAUGGAAGGAAUGCAAUCAGUUGACCUAUGUUGCCAUGUUGGUGAAACGACCGUGGGGAUUUUUAAUGUUUAGGAGCUGCAGUGCAUCUGUAGUGAACUCAUGACGGUCAGCACUAAAUACUAUGGGUUUUAUAGAAAUGAUAAAUCUUCAGCUGAGGAGUUUACAAAGUAAGACGUUCAACAAGAGUCUGAAACAACACUGAGAAAGAAGUUUGACAAUCUGAGGAAAAGAUUUUGAACUUAAAAGGAGUAAGACAUUUUAGGAAACAGACGCGAGUCUUGAUGCUACUCAUGUAAAUAUGAAACUCCAGUCAGCAGUGGCUUAGCUUAGAGACUGGAAAUGGCUGGCUCAACCCAAGUUAACAAAACCCAUAUGCAGUACGAGCACCUCUGAAACGCUCUGCUCAAAACAUCAAACUGUUUUUAUAAAUAAGUUAUGUUACUGAGCGGCACUAGCUGCAGGAAUGAACAGAAGUCAUGUCGUAUACUU